UUUGUUUAAAUACAAGAAAAGAGAGGUUGACGACGCUGACGUGAACACAGAACACAUGUUUGCGCACAUCAGCACCAGAAAUACAAGUUUUGAUUUCAGGCUCUCUGAUUUCUGAUUUUAACCUCUCUAUCUAAGCCAGGAGCCAGGACUUUCUAUCCAUCCGACACAAAGAAUUUGAAGUCAGUGUUAAACUACGGAACAAGACCCUGUUCACAGUUAGGCCCGCACGCCAGCUCUGGACGGAUAUACUUCUCCCAGGGCCUGAUCCACUCUUGCCUGUCAGCCGCCCGCGAGUAAGGAAGCAAGAGAGCCAACUCGCACUUUCCUCCAGUCGGUCGGCCCAGCAUUAUGGCGGAAAAAAGCAAGGAGCAGUACUACUUGCCGCCUCCCAAACUGGGAAAAUGGGAGGGCUUCAGCAAGUUUGUCUGGGACUCCGACAGCUCCCAGUUUUUGGGCCGAACAGGAGCCAGCUGGGCUAAGAUCUUCAUCUUCUACAUCAUCUUCUAUGCCGCGCUCUCCGGCUUCUUUGCUGCCAUGCUGGCGGUCUUCUAUCAGACACUCAACACCAAGUCGCCCAAAUGGCGCCUUGAUGAGUCGAUAAUUGGUACCAACCCAGGUCUUGGUUUCCGUCCCAUGCCACCUGAGAGCAAUGUCGAGAGUACCCUGAUCUGGUACAAGGGAAAUGACGAAAACAACCACAAAUACUGGACCGAAGAGAUUGACAGAUUCCUCGAAGAGUACAAAAAGCCUGGUCUGGCCCCCAACGUUGGCCAGAACAAGGUCAUCUGCGACUACAACAACCCUCCUGCUGAUGGCAAGGUGUGUGAUGUCCCCAUCAAGGACUGGCGCCCGUGCACAACCGAGGAUGGUUACAAUUACAAGAAGGCCGCCCCCUGCAUUUUCUUGAAAUUGAACAAGAUCUUUGACUGGAUGCCCGAAUUCUACAACGACUCUUCCUCCCUGCCUAAUAACAUGCCCGAGGAUCUCAAGAACCAUAUAGAAAACAAUAAAAAGCCGGCUGAACUCAACACUGUUUGGGUGAGCUGUGAAGGCGAGAAUCCCGCUGACAUUGAGCACGUUGGACCCAUCCAGUACAUCCCACGACGUGGCUUCCCCGGCUACUACUACCCAUUCAGGAACUACGAAGGUUACCUCAGCCCCAUCCUCGCCGUCUUCUUCGAAAGGCCUAAGACUGGAGUUUUGAUCAACAUUGAAUGCAAAGCCUGGGCUAAGAAUAUCCACCACGAUCGCCAAGAACGCCGUGGCUCAGUGCACUUUGAGCUGAUGAUCGACUAAGUGUAUCGAGUCAACUUGGCGACCGCUGCCUUGUUAGUCCAUGGUGUACCUUGAGGGGCUCACUCACCUAGUCUUUAACCAAAUCCUGCUAUUAUAAAAGGCCAUUCCCCUCUUGGUAUACCAGUGAGCUGCACUAUAUGUUUAUUAUCAUUUGCAAUUCGUACGAGCAAUCCUAUUUUUUGUAACGCUCAACUGUGAAAGUGGGACUCAAAAAGCAACCGAGGAAACAUGCAAAUUUGGGCCCGGUUCCAUUUGAAGGGUCCGCGAGCGGCCCCUUUUGAGAUGGAACACUCUGGCGCAAAGUUUGUAAAUAAUGCAUAUAAUCUGUGUUGAGGCUCCUUCAAGAGAAAGAAAAAACGAAGUCCACCACCCCCUCCAUCUCUGCUGCUUUGUAGGCAUUUAAUUAUUAUUAUCAGUAUUUGUCACACACAAUCUGUUCGUUACGUUGUGUUGAUUCCUUCACGGAGGAGAAGUGGAAAUUGAGCAUGUUAUUGUUAUUCUGAAAUAAUAUACUUCAACUUGUGGUGCUGUGAAUGAAUUACCGAGUAAUCAACAUGUUAAAUGUGUUUCUCCAACUCGCCCUGUUGAUACUUAAGAUCGAAAUAUGGUGUGUAACUGUAAAAUAUUUUACUGGCAGUAUUACUUAACUGACACUUAUGUAUUAUUGCCACUGCAAAUUGUCAACACCAAUAUCGCAUCCACGCAGUGGUCACUCUUUUGAACGCGUUUUCCUGUCUUACUCUCCGACGUACUAACAAUUCUUUCCGCUCAUUUUGUACACUCUUGGUUGACUUAAUCACCCCUGCGAAAAAGUGUAUGCAUGUGCGAAAUAAAACACAGUUGAAAAGAGGCGCAAAUACAUUAAAAAUAAAAGAAAAACUAAAAUUGGACCGCCAGUCAGGACUGGCGGCUGCAAAACACUAGUUGAAUAGUGCGUAGUGUUUGAGUGUGCAUUAGAUGCUAGGGAAUACAUCUGUUUAUUUGAAAAAGAAAAAAAUGAUAAUAAUUACUACUGUCUAAUGUGUUACGAUUAAAUAGAUGAAGGCGAAAAAAUGUUUUAAUAGCGUUGGUUACGAAAAUUGUUUGUCCUUUCUGCAGGAUAUUGUCAAACAGUCUAUCAGGAAUUGAAUAAUAUUUAAAAAGCCUAGCGGUUAGAUGUACCAGGUAUUAUUGACUAAAUUGUAUUAUUGAUUGAAAAGCGCUUUGUAAAGUCACACAGAAUAAUAUUAUUUGUUUCACAUUAAAUGUAAUUGUUCCACAA